CCUUGCUUUUUCAAAUUAGUACUUGAUGGACUUAUAAUGACAAAAACUUGCAACAGUUUUUAUAAGUUAAUGUUUUAUUCCACUUGACUCUAAAGAGAUGCUUGUCAACUUUUUUCACUAUGCGACAUUUUCGUCUUUUUAAUUCCCUCCAUUUUACCACAAACCCCACAGCAAAGAAACCUCAUAACGAAUAAUAAACUGUGGUUUCGAAGUGCUAAUGUACAUCCAUUCAUACAAGGGAUAAGGAUUAAGCGCCACAAAAUGCUUAACAUCACGGGUUUCACGGGUUCUGUUGGAAACAUUAAAAGAUCGCUUUUAAAUCGUAAAUUGUUGGGAAUACUUGAAAGCCGACUUUCGUAAAAAUAACUAUUUAAGAGGCUUUGUUUGCUGUAUCAGUCUCGGGGGUCAGUUUUGAUAGCAAUCAUAACAUGAAGAUAAACCAUAGGAGACAAACUCACAAGAGAGGAAUAAAGAAUCUCUGGAAGGAAAGGUGAAGAUAAUCUAUGUCAACAAAAGGGAAAAACAGGUUUUUGCUUGUCGCUUUGGAGAAAAUCUCUAUUAAAUCCAAGGUUAACCUGGAUUAGAGGGAGUUUGACCAUUAUACAUAAGCCAAUCUUGAAUCGUGUUGCAUUAGGAAUGACAUAUCUGUGUGAUAAGUGAUUUUCCAUUUCGAAAAACGAUCCAUUUUUCCCUGAUGUAGCUGCAGACGGUCAGGAAUAUUGGCUUCGUGCGCGUUUCAUUAAGAGGCAGACGGAAACACAAACUUUUUGAUGGCGUGACUAAAACGAGCUGCAAUGAACACUAGAUGACAGAGACUGUAGUCAUUGCAAUCGAACUUCGAUUGCCUUUUAGUAAACUUGAGAAGACUCAGCGAAAGGACCACCACCAUGGAGAUGCUCACAUCAAUAGAAGUGUGGAUUUUUGUAACCGUAUUCUCGGUACUUCUGAUACUUACUUUACUAGUCAACGGUGUAUUGCUGAGACUCAUAUUCGUGGCAUUGAGGCACAGGCUUCGCCACCCGCGUCUAAGGCACUUUCUCGCGAGCCUCGCGUCCGCAAACCUGAUAGCGAGCUUUGUGAACCUGCCACUAUGCCUCUACGCCCUGAUCAAAAGCGAGGUCCGCAACACAGACGAGAUUACAAAGACCACAAGCGAUGUUUAUUACUACAGUUUCGAUGUGUUCUAUGCAGUUUUAUGUAUUCUACAUAUUAAUAUGCUGAUGACGGAGAGGCUGUUUGCAGUCGGCUGGCCCAUCCAUCAUCGCAUAGCCCCUGAAAUGCCCGAUUACGUCAUCAGCGUAGGGAUAUGGCUAGCGGCUGUACUCAUCUCCACUGCGUCCUACUUGGUGUAUAACCACACGGACUUCCAGCACCUUUCAUUCGUGAUUCUGAUUAGCUGUAUUGCGGUCCCUACUUUAGUCGCCAUGCUGUUAUUCGCGUGUAUCCUCGCGAGUUCGAAUCGCAGGAAUAGGACAAUGGCGCUGAAUAACGAUUUCUCCCUUUCGGUUCUCAUCGCUAUAAUGCUUGGAGCCUUCACGGUGACAUGCUUACCGCUGCAUUGUGUGAACUAUCUGAGCUACUUUUGCAAGGACUGCGGGCUCACGGAGCCCUAUUACGUCAUAAUGAUGUCACUAAGGAGCCUGCAGUACAGCUGUGGUGUGUUCACUCCAGCGGUCGCUCUGUUUGGAGUAACCGAACUACGUAGGAACAUGUCCUGGUGCUGUUUCACGUGUUGUGCUGUGGACGAGGACUCGAACAAUGACCUGUAUCACAUGGAGGUACCCGGCAUGCUUCGCGCCGCUCCAGGCUCGCAAUGCAUGCUGACUAGAGUGACGCCCGCGGUCAGCACGGAGAAUAUCCAGCUGUCAUUCCAUGAACAGAAAGUUGAGACAAAAUGAUAGGACGAUCCACGAAAGCUUUAAUGCUAGCUAAUGUCAGUUGUUACAUUUAUCUCAAUAAGAUAUAUAUUAAAAGUGAUGAACUGUGUAAAAUUUGUUAGCGCGUCGGCCUCUCACCGCUGUGGCCCAGGUUCGAAUCCUGGCUCUGACUGGGGAUUUUUCCGGGUUCCUGCCUUAUUCGAAUUUGUGUUACAAGUGAGUUGAAGUUAUUCUCCUGCGUUUCCUGUCUUCUCGGAUAACGACACUAGACCGGAGGUCCCGUCUCUUCAAGCUGCACUGCACCCCAGGGGGGUACUCCCUAUAUCCAUCGAACGGGGAUCAUCAUCUUAUCUUUUAGGGUGUAAAUUUGGAAUCUUGGGUAUCUUUUAGGGGUAAAAAUGAGAAUGCAAAAGUUUUUUCUAACUUGGUAUUUUUAAGGGUGCUAUUACAGCCAUCGCUCAUCUAACUUGUAGCUCAUGAACGAGCGUUAAAACGUGUCAAUCUUCCAUUAGAGUCAGGUUUAAAUGAACUUUUUUAUUACAAAUUAUUUACGUUUGUAUCUUUUAGGGGGUAAAUUCAUGCCUAACCACGCCCACUUUUAGGGUUAAAAUAUAACCAGACCACGCCCACUUUAGUAUUUUUAGGGUUGUUUUUUAAAAAUAUCCCAACGAUAACCCCCGUCCGUUUGAUAUCGGAGUACCCCCUUGGGCACUGUACUAACCUGCACCUACCUGUAGGGACGUAAAAAGACCACCACGAAAAAAUCCCUCUGGCAGUGACCACCCUCAGGGACAGUGCUUACUAACAAUACACACAUGCGGGCACUUGGUGUGGGGCCUAGCUUUGUUGUGCCUUCCGCACCAUUAUAACUGGUGGAAGUUGGUACAAAUUAGAUCUUGAGGGGCAUGGGAUGCUCGUAUCUGUUGCACCUGCUUUUUAUGUGAGACGGGUCAGGGCGCUGAAUCCCGAGGGGACUUUCCAUAUAAGUAGACGGGGGUGAUCGUCCUAUCUUAUAGGGUAUAAAGUGCUAUUAUCCACUCUUCACAUCGUCCUAUUCUGCUAUCCCCUCGCGGGGGGGGGGGAGGGGGGCCUAAGCUAGUGGAUCAUCCUAUGCGAAAACUGGACAUAAAAGAUAUGUACUCGUUUGAGGCUCAAUAAAAUUUCAUUCCUCGUG